GAAUUAAGUGCAUCAAAAACUUUACACAUUUUAUAUAUCGCUUACUAAUUUUUCAAAAUUAAAUUUGAAUACCGUUGUAAAGUCUUGAUAAUGCCUACAGGUUAAAUGAAUACAGUGCUGCCAUUGACUAGUGCAAUACCAUUGUACGACAUGGCCGUCUUCAUGAUAAACAUCUGUAAAUUUAAUGGCUGUGGCAUAACAUUUCCAAGAUUAGCGGACUUAAUUGAACACAUCGAAGAUGUCCAUAUCGAUUACGAUCCAGCUGUAAUAGAACAGAAAGAAGCUUCACAACCAGCAUGUAUCCCGCUAAGUUAUGUCCUAAAGUUUAUCUCGGAGGCUUCGAAGCGGGAAAACCAGAACGCAGCGCCUGCUCCCGAUGUCCGCCGCCGCCUCCUGUCUGCACCCAAGACUCCUUCAGUCCGCAGCAGCACGCCCACUGGAAGCGAGAUGGAUGAGGAUGAGCUGGUCAGUCCAUCUGAAGACAGCAAUGACUCGUGGACGACGGCCGAAGAGUACAGCUCAGAGUUCAUACUGCGCUAUGGCGUCAAGAUGAACGCUAGCGCGUCGUCCGGGGCUCUGGGUCCCGCCGCACAGGAGAAACCGUUUGCCUGUCCGGUGCCCGGAUGCAAGAAGAGAUAUAAGAACGUGAACGGAAUCAAGUAUCAUUCCAAGAAUGGACACAAAAAGGAUGGCAAGGUAAAAAAGGGCUACAGAUGCCCAUGCGGCAAAAGCUACAAAACGGCGCAAGGGCUUAAGAGUCACUCGAUCACACAGCACAUCGCGUCGACAUCAGAACACAAGUUGCACGCGGCUAAAAUGACGGGGCUUGUGGUGACCAGCUCGCCGGCUCAGUCGAGGACCCUGAACCUGUUAGAUGCAGUGGACGGGAACAAGCUGGUGCGUAUCUAUGACUCGCUGAAGGGGUCGUUGCCCAAGCACGCGGCAGUGAGCGUGGCGCCGGGGCCCGCCGUGCUGGCGCCGAGCGCGGCGCUGCUGGGCGCGGACAAGCUGCGCCUGGAGCGCGCGCCCAAGGCGCCGCCCGCGCACUCCGCGCACCUCGCCUCGCUGUACGGAGCCGACGCGCCCCACUGAGUCCGCGAGCCUCCACUCAACGAAUUUAAGUCACUAGUAUAGUAUACAUGCAGUUCCUAAAAAAAGUGAAAAAAAAAGUUCAUUUUCAUUGAAUUAAUUUAUUUACCGUCGUCAUAUGAAGGUGUGUACCUAUGUGUAUAUCGUUGAUUGUGCUUGUGCAUGCUUUUAAUUUAUAUCAUAUUUUGCACAAAUACUACCCAUCGCACCUUCGUCUACAGAGGUAGGAUAAUUGUUUCUCAAAGAGAUAGGAGAGUUAUAUUUAUUUGUUUUUGUUUGUUUGAGAUUUUAUGUUGAUUAGUGAGUAUUUAUAAGUUAUUGGAACGCUAAUUUUUGAUUAGCUUCGAUUACAAGGAGAUGCGGUGGAGAGCCAAUAUUAUUUGAUUCUGUUUGUUGAUCGAACAGUUAUUGAGUUUAGCAAAAGUAGUGAUACCAGCUUGUAUACUAUGUACAUAAUGUUCUAUCGUGGUAGACAAUGUUGGUCCCCGUAGUUAGCUGCGACGGCUGUGUGAUCUGUCGGACGCGGUGUCGUACGUCAGAUUGUACAAAUACAAUGUGUGAUGUACUGGUCAAGUGUAUGUUAGUGUCCCCGCUCGAUUAUUACCUAUAUUAAAUUUUCUGUGAUCUCUAGCGUCGGGGAUUAUGAUUGUGUGUGCUGUAACUUCACGUGAAUGUCGUACGACAUGUGUUACAUCGUACGACAUGCCUUCGUAUCUCUUUGUGCCAUUAUUUCUAACAUGUGUACUUAAUCGUAUAUUUCACGCGAAACGCUUUACGUUCAUAAUGGUUUUUUUGAUAAGAUUUCACAAUGUUAGAUUUUGUAAAUUAAGAUAAAAAGAAAACAAAGAAAAAAUAGCGUUCACUUAAGUAUCUUUUUGGAGUUAGAAUAAAAGUCAUACUCGUAAAUGUGAUAUGGUAUUUAGAAAAAAAGUAAAAAAAAAAUGCUUAUAAGCGUCACGUAUUUAAAAUACCUAGUUUUUAAGGCUGGCAAUGUUUGUUUGUUAUUGAUAUGGUAAAAUGUACGCUAAAUGUGUAGGUUUUGGUGCCUUUUUUAUUUAUUCUUGGUUUUGCAGUGCAAGUACUGAUCAUACGUUUUUGGAACUUUAGUAUAGAGAUAGUUUUGUGGCAAAAUAACUGGUUGAUGACGACUAUUAACUGUUUCAUGUUAACAGGUAUACAGUACCUAGGUACUUCCUUAUUUUAGAACUGUCGGUUCACAAAAGGAGCUUAUAUUGUAGACGAACUUUGCUACGAUUACGUACCAACAGAUAAUAUAUUUAUUCUGUUUGGCUAUUUAUCUAAUACGUAAUAAUUAAAAUAGCCGCUUUAACAUGUUCCUAACAUAGAAAAAACUGACUAAAAAUAAUAAAAAUGAUAUUUUAAACAUAUAAAAAUUAUUAUAUUAUACAAUUAUACUCAGAUUAAAGUAGAUAUGUAAUCGUAGCAAAUGUUCUUAAAAAACAUUUAGUUAGGAACUAUCAAAAUAUAUCCUUUCGAAAUAUUGAAAUAAAUGGCUGGAUAAUGUUAGGAGAAAAUCGGUUGAGGUGCUACCAAAAUAGUGAUUUGGCAUAAACUGUGAAUGAUGUUAAAUUAUAGUGUCUAUGUAUGUAUGUAUGUAUGUAUGUAUGUAUGUAUGUAUGUAUGUAUGUAUAAUGGUUCCAAAGCGAAAUUAUAUAUAAAAGAUAAAGAUUAAGAUUAGUAUGGUCACGGUGCUUAACGGGUAAAACGUGUGAUAUUUGGAUUAUUAAAGUAUGUUAGUGCGACUACCAAAGAAACGACAUUUCAACUAAAACUACGAUUGCUAUUUUUCGCAUAUAUUAGCUCAAAUACUGAAAUGUUUUUCAAUUUUAAGUUGACUUUUAAUAUCUUUAUAUCUCUUCACUUAAACUACAUCCGUAGCAGAUUUAUAGAGAUUUGGAGUAUUCGGUUUAGUCACGUAAUUUAUCGAGGGUGCUCGACUCGUUUCGAACCACGCCCGGGGCUCAUAAUUAAGACAAAAAUGCGGUAUGACAUCCUGCUAGCAAAUGAUAUAGAAAUAGGUUUUACAGUUAUCUUAAAAUUGAGUAUAUUUCAGUGUUCAAGCGUGUUUCACAACCUUGUCUUAUGAACGAACGAUACGAUAAUAGUGUUUAUGAAAAAAUAAUGGUGUUUUUUGUUUAUUGUGCCUUACUGUUAUCCCUAUGUUUUGUUUGUUAUUUAAGUGCAUUGUGCAGGGUGGAAGGGACAUAAAAAAGCAAAUUGAAAUAUUCACUUUAUAGGUAACUAUUUGAAUAUGAAGAUUGUACCUACUAAUCUUAAAACAGUUGUUAUUUUUACUAUGAUUAAUAUACAGUGAUAUACAACCAAAGCUGUUAUUUUUCGACUGCUCCGUUGGCUCGGGUUCCGGGUUCGAUUCGCGGGCAAAGUAUUACUGGGUUUUAAAAAAAUCUCAUUUGUAAUGGUAAUA